UAUAUAUAUAUAUAUAUGUGUGUGUGUGUAUGUAAACCUCUCCUCGUGUGACAGACUGACAGAGACGAGAGAGAGAGAGAGAGAUCGCCGGGAGAUAUGGCGGCGGUAGGAUCAUCGACGGGGAGGACACCGACGUGGAAGGAGAGGGAUAACAACAAGAGGAGGGAGAGGAGGAGAAGAGCCAUCACGGCCAAGAUUUACGCCGGGCUCAGGGCUCAGGGAAACUUCAAGCUCCCCAAACACUGUGACAACAACGAGGUCCUCAAAGCUCUCUGCGCCGAGGCCGGUUGGAUCGUCGAAGACGACGGCACCACUUAUCGCAAGGGUUGUACGCUGCAGCCGGCUGAAAUUUCGGGGACUCCGACUGGAUUCAGUACGAACUCCUCUGUUCAACCAAGUCCACAUUCCUCUGCUUUCCCGAGCCCUGCGCCUUCUUACCAUGCCAGUCCCGUCUCCUCCUCUUUCCCGAGCCCGACUCGUUACGUCUCGAACCCUUCCACGUACCUUCUCCCGUUCCUUCACAGUAUCGCCUCUUCGAUUCCCGCAAAUCUUCCCCCUCUUAGAAUUUCCAACAGCGCCCCAGUUACACCGCCUCUGUCUUCCCCGACUUCCAAGCCUAAACUCAUUUCGGAGCAUUUACCAAACGAUGGAUCUUUACACGCGCUGAGGCAUCCAUUUUUCGCGGUCUCCGCUCCUUCUAGCCCUUCUCACCGUGGCUAUCAGACUCCACCUACAAUACCCGAGUGUGACGAAUCCGAUGAUUCGAUCGAGGAUUCAGGCCAGUGUUGGAUUAGUUUUCAGCCCGCGGCUCCUCCUUCUCCUACAUUCAAUCUUGUGAAGGAGAACUCUGUGGCCGAUUCUGCGAAGGGGGGAAGUCGGGGGAUGGCAGGAAUCGGUGGAGGCUCGGAGUUCGAGUUCGAGAAUGGGAAGGUGAUGCCGUGGGAAGGCGAAAAGAUUCACGAGGUUGUGGUAGAAGAUCUCGAGCUCACUCUAGGAAGUGGGAAAAGCCGAUGCUAAAAGAACAGUAACCACCAAGAAUCCGACAUCGAACAUAAAGUUUUUGGCGACUCCAUCUUCCUCUACCCUGCACUGUACAGUAUUAUCUGAAUUGGGUCAGAGGUGUACGACAUGCAAACACUGCGUUCAUUGUCUUAAUUUCAUCAUAGGAUUAGAUUUGGAACUCCAUUCAAAUGCCUUUGGAUGAUUUGGUUAUUGCAGAAGCCUUGUUUAAAAUAUAAUCUGUUUUCUAAUAAUUUUGUUUUUUGGCAUUGUGUGUUGAGAUCGACUAUAAACGAAAUUAUCAUGUGUGGCUGUUUUGGUUUCCUCUUAA